AUGACUCAAGUGGUAGAAUGCAACGGGAAAGAAAUCCUUGUAAGGUCUAAAGAAGAUGAAGUAACUAAUUUUUCGUACCUUGACGUUAUAGAGAAAGUUGAUGUUUUCCCAGUAAAUUACAAUACAAGCGAGCACUUUAGGGCAAACGUAUACAUGCUACAAUCACAUACUGGUAUUGAAAUAGGAUUCGUUUUGAAAUUGGUACUUGGUGAGAUCAGAAAGUACGGCGAUAAAGUAGUUUCCGAACUUUUUGAUAUUGAUGACGGUUCCCAUGUAAUUCGUAUCAAGCCUGAGUCUUUUAAUACCAGAACAGAACUCAUGGAUCAAUUGUGCCGUGCUUUAAAAGUCAAAUCAUCGCUGAAUUGUAUAAAAACCUGGAGAGAAGAAAAAUAUGCAGUGUAUGUUGAUCAUGCGCCAUAUAUUUUGAUUGAACGUGGGCUUUCUGGAGCGUUCGGCAUAAUUACCUAUGGUGUCCAUGUCAAUGGGUUUUUCAAAGAUAGCGCCACGGGCCACUUGCGGAUAUGGAUUCCUCGCCGUUCAGCCAGUAAGUCCACUUGGCCAUCCAUGUUGGAUAACAUUGUUGCAGGCGGUAUAGGUUAUCCCUGCGGUAUUUAUGAGACGGUGUUGAAAGAAUGCAUGGAAGAAGCCUCUUUGUCCAAAGACGAUGUUGAAAGGAACAUAAAACCGGUUGGUAGUGUUUCUUACUUUCAUCAUCAGGUCACGUUUGGAGAACAAAAGUAUUUAGAUGAAGAAGCAUUUAUUGCCGGUGAAGUAGAGUAUCUCUACGAUUUAGAACUGCCUCCUACCGUGAAACCAAUACCAAAUGACGGCGAAGUUGAAGAGUUCGGGUUGUAUUCAUUACAAGAAACUAUAAAUGCCAUCAAGAGAAAUGAAUUCAAACCAAACUGCGCCUUGGUAAUGGUUGAAUUUUUGAUAAGACAUGGUUAUAUCACUCCUGAAAAUGAACCUAAUUAUACCGCCAUAUUGUCAAGAAUGCACAGACGAUUGCCAUUCCCAUUGAUGCGUUAA